CGGGACUGGACAUGGACCACAGCGUGAUGAUCAUCUCUAUGUCCUUCUGGAUCCAAGUGUGUCUCCUCUUCACCUCAUCUUUACCUGCUGCAGGAGUUCAGAUCAGACUGGUUGGUCCUGGUUCUACUCAGUGCUCUGGUAGGGUUGAGGUCUUCCAUGGUGGUACCUGGGGAACAGUCUGUAAUGAUGGAUGGGACUUAAAUGAUGCUCAGGUGGUUUGUAGACAGCUGAACUGUGGGACGGCAGUAAGUGCCCCAGGCUCCGCCCACUUUGGUGAAGGUUUUGAUCCAAUCUGGCUCGAUGAUGUGGCCUGUUCAGGAAAUGAGAGUUCUCUGACUGAGUGUCAACACCCAGGAUUUGGAACAGAGGACUGUGUACACGAUGAAGACGCUGGUGUCAUUUGUUCAGAUCACGUCAGACUGGUUGGUCCUGGUUCUAGUCGGUGCUCUGGUAGGGUUGAGGUCUUCCAUGGUGGUACCUGGGGAACAGUCUGUGAUGAUGGAUGGGACUUAAACGAUGCUCAGGUGGUUUGUAGACAGCUGAACUGUGGGAUGGCGCUGAGUGCCCUAAGCUCCGCCCACUUUGGUCAAGGUUCUGAUCCAAUCUGGCUCGAUGAUGUGGCCUGUUCAGGAAGUGAGAGUUCUCUGACUGAGUGUCAACACCCAGGAUUUGGAACAGAGGACUGUGGACACCAUGAGGACGCUGGUGUCACUUGUUCAGGUUCUCAGAUCAGACUGGCUGGUUCUGCUUUUACUCAGUGCUCUGGUAGGGUUGAGGUCUUCCAUGGUGGUACCUGGGGAACAGUCUGUGAUGAUGGAUGGGACUUAAAUGAUGUUCAGGUGGUUUGUAAACAGCUGGACUGUGGGACGGCAGUGAGUGCCCCAGGUUCCGCCAUCUUUGGUCAAGGUUCUGAUCCAAUCUGGCUCGAUGAUGUGGCCUGUUCAGGAAAUGAGAGUUCUCUGACUGAGUGUCAACACCCAGGAUUUGGAACAGAGGACUGUGGACACGAUGAGGACGCUGGUGUCACUUGUUCAGAUAAAGUGGAGCUGGGACUCAGUAUGUGA